CGCUUUCUCUCUUCAAAAACUAUGAAUUUACAUACCGGCGAUAUUCGUUCAUCAGUUACUAUUAACACAACCAUGGCUGAGCCCUCAAAGCAUCACUGAAACAGAACAAGUAUUUUUUCUUCAAAAAUACACAGGUAAGGAUACAGCUACAAGUAUAGAUACAGGGAAAAAGCAAGGAUGUGGAGAUCGUCAUUUUUGCUGUUGAAAGAGGGCUUGUCUUCGGGGAUUGUUAGGACUAAACCGGUUACGUAUGGAUUGAGAAGGGGUGUUUCCGUUGAAUCUACUAACCGAUUAUGUGGUUGUUUAUUUUCGAGUUCGGCCGGCGGAGACGGCAGAGCAGGCGUAGGCGUAGGGAGAGGGGUUGAUGAUGGUGAUAGUAUAUCGUUUGCGGAGGCGAAGAAGCUGAUGAGAUUGGUUAAUGUGGAGGCAAUGAAGAUGAAGUUUUCUACGGAAGGGAAAGAGAUGAUUUCUUAUUCAGAGCUUUUACAGGCUUGUGAGAAUAUAGGCGUUGCGAAAUCCGUUGAUGAAGCUAAGGCGUUUGCUAAGGUUCUGGAUGAGGCUGGUGUUGUUCUUAUCUUUAGGGAUAAAGUUUACCUUCAACCUGAAAAGGUGGUGGAUCUUGUGAGAAGGGCGGUGCCGCUAGCCCUAACAGCCGAUGAUGAUCCGAGGAGGGAGGAGCUAAAGCAGUUACAAGCAAAACAAGAAGAAAUCGAUCGGCUAGCCCACCGGCAGGUCCGCCGGAUUCUGUGGACCGGGCUAGGGUUUGCACUAGCUCAAGUCGGGAUCUUUUUCCGGCUAACUUUUUGGGAAUUAUCAUGGGAUGUUAUGGAGCCGGUUGCAUUUUUUGGUACAACAGCGGGACUAAUCGUGGGUUAUGCUUAUUUUCUAAUCACAUCAAGAGACCCCACGUAUCAAGACCUGAUGAAGAGGCUGUUCUUGUCUCGUAGAAGAAAGCUGAUGAAGAAGCAUAAUUUUGAUUUUGAAAGAUUUAUGGAGUUACAGAAGAAAUGCAGGUCGCCUUUAGAUGCACAUCCUUCAGCCAUACAUAAAAUUGAAGGGGUGGAAUUGGAAACUCAGGAUCUGCACAAGCAAUAACAUAACUGGUUUGACUUUGUUUGACUAUUAUUGGUCAUUUCAUGGGGAUUAUCAUACCCACUAAUUUUUUGACGUAAAAUACCUGGACAAAAUACAAAAUGUUCGAUGAUUUUGCCCAUUUGUGGGUUAUAAUUAUCUUUGAAUUUCUUAUUCCUAGUGUUUAUAAGAGC